CGGAUUCAUCAGAUCAAUAUUUCGCGGUCUCGCUCGCCCCAUAGUCAAAUCAUGGCGCCUUUCAAGCUACAAAAUCCUCCUAACAGAGAGAUCUUAGGCGGAGAUCUUCUCGCACAGGCUCUUCAAAAUCUCGGAACUGAUGUUGCCUUUGGUCUUCACGGAGGUCACUUGGAUGCAUUCUUACUGGGAGCUCACGAUUGCGGCAUCCGCCUAAUCGACACUAGACAUGAGACCACUGCAGUUCAGGCUGCGGAAGGCUAUGCAAAGAUUUCAGGCAAGGUUGGCGUGUGUUUUGUUACUGCAAAUAGCGGCUUCUCGAACGGACUUCCAGGUCUUGCUACAGCUUUCGCUGAUCGAUCUCCCGUCUUUUGCAUCACUUCAAGCCCGCCAUUACAAGAUGCAGAAACGAACGCGCUACAAGGCUUUCAUGACCAAGUGAUUGUCGCAAAGCCGAUUACCAAAUUUGCUCAUCGUGUCACAAACGUUGAAGAGAUCCCGCGUAUAGUGGCCUACGCCUUCCGAAGUGCAAAUACGGGUAUCAAGGGCCCCGUGCUGAUCGACUUCCCGAUCGACGUCCUCUUCUCACCUCCACAGCUUGAGCGUGUAGCAUUUGGCGCAGUGGACGUUCCUCCUGCGUCUCUGCCUGCACCUGAUCCAGCAGCAGUGGAUCGAUUGCUGAAUGCUUGGAAGACAGCAAAAAGACCCGUCAUCAUAACAGGCACUGGUGCAAGAGGAACAGACAAGGUUCUCAAGCAAUUCGCCGAGUCCACAAACACUCCGGUCUUCUACUCGAGCAAGUUCUCGACACCGAUCCCAGCGGAUCACGAAUUGCGUGCUGGGCCAGCAUCUGCACUGGCAGCUUUUGCGGGCAAGGAACAUCCGGACUUCGUCCUGUUGUUAGCUGCUCGUACUGGAUUCCUUCUUGGAGGUCGUGGCGGAGCAAUCAUACCCAAUGACGCGACAAUUGCGCAAGUAGACCUAGAUGGAGGCGAGAUUGGAAAAUCACACGCGAUCGAUAUUGGUAUUGUCUCAGACGCUGGUCUCUUUUGCGAAGCCGUGGUAUCGAAAGCCGGAAAUGCUGGUUUUGGCCGCAACGAUGCUUGGAUCAAGAAAUGCCACGGUCUGAACAACACGGCUCUUCCGUACGCUAAGGACGGAAAAGUCAUGCCCGACGGACAGUUACACCCUUAUCAUGCUAUGGUCGAAGUCAUGAAGGCCCUUCCACCGGACUCAAUAAUCAUAGUCGAUGGAGGUGAAGCUGGACAGUGGGCAGCCAUGACCUUAGAGCUGGCAAAGCCGCAUGUUGCUAUUGUUGCAACGGGGUACUUGGGCUUCUUAGGCAAUGGAUGGGGGUACAGUAUCGGCGCUGCCGUGGCAGAUCCUAGUCGUCUGGUCGUGAACAUUCAUGGCGACGGAUCCGCCGGCUUCCACAUCCAAGAACUUGAUACUAUCGCGCGAUUCAACCUCAAUGUGCUCACUCUGGUCACGAAUAAUUUUGCCUGGGGUAUGUCUGUGAAUGGACAAGAUCUACUUUAUGAGAAGCAAACCAAGGCGAGACCUGCAACGGCGCUUAGCAAGGCUUGCGCGUAUGAGGUAGUCGCCCAAGGAUUCAAUUGCGCUGGCGUCAGGAUCACGCAGCCUGAAGAAAUAGGUCCGGCCAUCUCGAAAUUAACGAAAGCGGGACCUUCGCUUGCGAACAUGAUUGUGAGCGUCAAGCCCACGACGCCAGCGACUCUCUCAAUGGUCGGCAUGACGGAUGAUCCUAACUGGAUUGUGGUCCCAUAUUACGAUAAUGUCCCAAGACCUUUCUACAAGCUUUCAGGCGCCAACGGAAAUGCAUGAAACUUUGCUGCAAGUGAGUGAAGAGCGUUCUAAAUUUAGCGCGUUUCAAAAAUCGAUGGCUGGGGCAGGGUCUUGGCGUUCACAAGCAACUCAUUCUUGCUAUUGUCAUGCAGGCGCAAGGGCCUCGAAGAUCUUCUACAAGUCUAUUGUAGAGUUGCUAUUGUCGAUCAGCACCAUUUUUCAACUGGCGCUAUAUAUCUUUACCUCCCAUCUCGACUUCUUAUCCUUCGCCUUGCCAACAAC